CAAAUCGUCGCGCACAAAGAAACUCCGCAGCAGAGGCUUCGGUCUCGUGCCUGUCCAGUAUUCAGCGGGUAAACCUCCCCCGGGCAUCGUCCACGUCUGCCGAAGUCAUAUAGGUAUGCAGUCUGGUGAGCUUGCUAUGUGCAAUAAUCUCCUCGAACUACCCCAACACCCGCAUAAUGGCUCCCCGCACACUCAAAAUCGCUGUGAUCCCUGGUGAUGGCAUCGGCCAGGAGGUCAUGCCGCUCGGCGUGCGCUGUCUCAAAGCAGCCGCGUCCGUGUACAAUCUAUCUCUUGAAUUCACCAACUUCGAUUUCUCAAGUUGUGACUACUAUGCAAAACAUGGCGACAUGCUUCCCAAAGACUGGAAAGCUAUUCUCUCUGAUUUUGACGCCAUCUAUUUCGGCGCCGUUGGCAUGCCCGACCAGGUUCCAGACCAUGUCAGUCUCUGGGGGAGCCUCCUCAAAUUCCGCCGCGAAUUUGACCAAUACAUCAGCCUCCGUCCGUGUCGACUCAUGCCCGGAGUUCGAAGCCCACUGGCCAAUAAGUCUCCAGGAGACAUCGACUUCUGGGUGGUGCGGGAAAACACCGAAGGCGAAUACAGCUCCAUCGGCGGCAAGAUCUUCGAAGAUACAGACCGGGAGGUCGUCGUGCAGGAAACCAUAAUGACACGAGUCGGCGUGGAUCGUGUGUUAAAGUACGCUCUUGAGCUCGCCAAAAGCCGGCCAAAGAAACACUUAACCAGCGCGACCAAGAGCAAUGGCAUCAGCAUCACAAUGCCGUACUGGGACGCGAGACUACAAGCACUACAACAGGAGGGCGACUACGCAGACGUUAAGGUCGACAAGUUCCACAUUGACAUCCUGACCGCCUGGUUCGUCCUACGCCCCGAGCAAUUCGACGUUCUCGUCGGAAGCAAUCUAUUCGGCGACAUCCUGAGCGACCUUGGCCCUGCUUGCACUGGCACAAUCGGCAUCGCGCCUUCAGGUAACAUCAACCCGGAGGGCAAGUUCCCUAGCCUAUUCGAGCCUGUGCACGGUAGCGCUCCUGAUAUCGCGGGCAAGGGAAUAGCAAACCCAAUUGGUAUGAUUUGGGCUGGGCAGAUGAUGCUUGAGCAUUUCGGGUUCAGCGACGCCGCAGCAGGGAUGCUGAAGGCGAUUGAAACUGUCCUAUCGAAGAAAGAGCCACAUAUCAUGACGCCAGAUAUGGGCGGACAGUCCGGGACUACAGAAUCGCUGGGGUCAGCAAUAGAAAACGAAAUCUUGAAAGCAUAG